CUGUCUGAAACCCCGGAUAUCUGUUGUUUCUGUCUUGGAGGAGAUACCGAUAUUCCUCCCUUCGGCAAACUUCUGGACGCUCAAGAUUUUAUCCAUCCCUGUUCGACUUGUUCACUUGUGGCUCAUAAAGUUUGUUUGAAAGAUUGGUUGAACUCUCUUCCUUCAGAUAAAAUACAGAUUGUCAAUCCUCAGUCCAUGGAUUUGGACGAGUAUCCAACUGCGGCGACUCCUGGCAGUAGAAACGACUUUGCUUCGUUUAGCAGCGCUGCCGAUUUGGGUGUGGGCGUGGGAGUUCCUGCUACUGAGACUCGAGUUCAUAUCCAUCUUUCGUUACAAUCUGUAGUUUCAUGGCUCACAAACUUAUCUUUGCUUCGACACCACCGUAGCGAAGAGAGAACCAUCGACAAUAAUAACACUAAUGUAGAUGACAAUGACAAUAUUACUAUUAAUGAUGAUACCAAUGGCAAUGUAAUCGAAAAUGAGAAUAAUAACACAAAUAAUAAUACCCCAUUUCCCCUGUCUAUCAGGGUGCGAAACCUCAAGAAUAGAACAAACCGAGAUGCUCCGCUUAUAGCCGUAUUGAUUGCUUCUUGUCCACAAUGCAAGCUGGAUAUAGCUUUUACUAUGUGGUCUUCCUCCUUCCUGGCAGCCAAUGCUGUACUCAGAACAACGGCUACUAGAGUUGUACAAUAUGGAGGCAUUAUUCUAGCCGUUACUUCUGUUUUCACAGGAAUCCUUUCCAUGGGAUAUAUAGGCUUG